GCUGCAGGUCCUCACAGCGGGGGCGGGGCCGGCGUGUGAGCAAGAGGGCUCUGACGAGAAGGCGAGAAGGCGGGAAAAGACAAAAAUGGAGCGACAGGGAGUGGACAUGCCCCACGCAGAGUGCAAGGACCAGGAGCCACAGCCGUUGGGGGAGAGCAAGGAGCAGCAUCAGGGUGAGGAGAGCCACGGAAAGGAAGCUGGUCAGGAGCCAGCCAGAAGUCAGGUUCCUAGCCCAUCUAUCACCACCUCCAGUGCCAAUCGCCAGCUAAUGAUGCUGGAAGGAAAGUCAGGACCCUACUUUUCCUCUCUGGAUUCAAGCAUUGAGAUCCUAAAGAAAAGGGCACAGGAGCUGAUCGAAAACAUCAAUGAGAGCAGGCAGAAGGACCAUGCACUCAUGACUAACUUCAGGGACAGCCUCAAGAUCAAGGUUUCGGACCUGACAGAGAAGCUAGAGGAGAGGAUGUACCAGCUUUAUAAUCACCACAACAAGAUCAUUCAGGAGAAGCUCCAAGAGUUCACCCAGAAAAUGGCAAAGAUCAGCCAUUUGGAAACAGAGCUCAAACAAGUGUGCCACACUGUGGAGACCGUGUAUAAAGACCUGUGUGUCCAGCCAGAGGCUACUACUUUGGAAGAAGAACAAACCCAUAAAGAUGGCAAAUGCUGACAGCUUCUGAGAGAGUCGCCUCUUAGUGACAGCCACCAAGAGAAGGUUCAGAGGCCACUGUUCUGACCACACUGAAAAAAUGGUUUUUCAGUUCUGUAGUGUAUCUUGGCAAAAACAAAAAAACAAAAUUUGUGCCAGACCCAAAGGUAGCAAGUCCAGCCGCCAUCAUGGGCCCAGAUUUGAUGUCUCCAAUAUGUGGCAAAUUUAUUCCACCCCAGCCCUGCACAGUUCAUUAAAUGUUUUU